AUGGCCAAGCAAAAGGAAGCAGUGUGUGUCACAGGAGCCAACGGGUUCAUUGGCUCAUGGCGGGUCCGUACCUUACUAGACCAAGGCUACACCACAAUCCACGCCUCUGUCUACCCAGGCUCAGACCCAUCUCAUCUCUUCGAAAUCCCUGGUGCCACCGAUGCUAGCGUGCGUCUGGAGGUCUUCGAAGCCGAUGUGCUUGACUAUGACGCCCUUUGCAAGGCUGUGGAAGGCUACCAAGGGAUAUUUUCUCCCUAA